AUGGCCGCCAUAUCUCCUGCAGCCCUGCAAGAUCCCAACGCUCCGUGGAGGAAGAAUCUUUCGGCACACGUCAUUUGCCCAGAAUGUAAGGAAGUGCCGCCAAACUUGGAAUUCCCCGGCUCUCAUGAAACUGUCUGUGGUUCCUGUGGGCUGGUGCUGUCGGAUCGAGAGAUCGACAUGCACUCUGAAUGGCGUACCUUCUCGAACGAUGACCAGAAUAACGAUGACCCCUCGCGUGUUGGUGAUGCUACAAACCCGCUCUUGAAUGGUGAUCAGCUGGAGACUCAAAUUGCUAGCGGUGGCUCUGGUCGUGUCCGCGAUUUGUACCGCGCGCAAAAUAAGCAGUCUAGCGAGAAGGCAAACAAGGCCCUUCUUGCGGCGUACAAGGAAAUCGGUGCUCUAUGUGAUGGUUUCGGAAUUCAGAAGAACGUGGCGGACACAGCCAAGUAUCUUUUUAAAAUCGUUGACGACGCAAAAGCGUUCAAGGGCAAGUCUCAAGAUGUGAUCAUCGCCGGAUGUAUUUUCAUUGCCUGCCGCCAGUGCAAAGUUCCUCGCACUUUCACUGAGAUUUUCGCUGUUACCAAGGUAACAAGAAAGGAAAUUGGGCGCAUUUACAAGGCUCUAGAGAAGUUCUUUACCGCCCAGAACCUUGAACGAAAUAAUGCGGUCGUCUCGAAUGGAGGCGUUCCUGAUCCCAACGACACCUACACGGCAACGACCUCCACGAAGCCCAGCGACCUUUGCAAUCGUUUCUGCAAUCUUCUCGAUCUUCCUUUCCAAGUCACGAGCGUAUCAUCGUCUCUGUCUGAUCGCGUAACUACCGAGGGCAAUCUCGCUGGACGUUCGCCACUUUCCAUCGUUGCGGCUUGUAUCUACAUGGCCUCAUACUUAAUGGGCUACCCCAAGUCCGCGAAAGAGAUUUCCCAGGUAGCGCACGUCAGCGAUGGUACAAUACGCGGCGCCUACAAACAACUCUACGCUGAGCGUGAGAGCUUGGUUGAUAAAGAAUGGAUCAAAGAUGGGAAGGGUGCACUGAAAAACCUACCCCAGAGCUAA